AUGCAAACAAUUUCAUUACUACAAUAUGUUAAAGAUAAUUCCAGUGAUCAGAGUGUCCAACUUCCUAGUUUCAUAAACUACUUGAAAAGUGUAAACUUGAUAGAAAUCACCAAACCAAACAAACUACCAAGAAUCACAAGCGAUACUUCCUACCAAGAUUUCAUCAACAAUUUAAUAACGGAGCUUGUAUUGCGAAAAUCACAGAAUGUUUUAGUUUCUGGUUAUAAGAGUACCAUUGAAGAUUCCAAAGUUGCAUUGCCAUGUGUCAAUCUCGAUGGGAAUUUCCUUCCAACUAAUUUGAACGACUCGAACUGGCAUCGGGUGUUUACUUUACUUGGGUCUGAAAAGUUUCUAAACUUGCUUAUCAAUCACAAGGGAUUUCUAAAACAUAAAAAUGGACAACAGAUACAAAUUUUUGGUGAUAUUACUUCCUAUGCUAAACCAGCUGCAAAGGCAGUUUUGCCUAUUCCGAAAUGGAUUUACAAAUUUGAUGUUUUGUACCAGUCACGAAACCCAAGAUACAGAAACUAUGAAAUCAUAAGGACAAAUGUACAAGAGGUGCUUGCAGAAAUUGUAUCACCUUCUACAAAGAAUCCCAAUUCUGAGAAUCCAGCUGUAAAAAAGAGGUUUCGAGGAAUCAAAAAUGUUGUUUCCAGAAUCAUACUGAAUGAUAAAAAGUGCAGAUAUGAUCUUAUAUAUAACAAGUAUUUGCUGCUGUCCGACACAAGAAAACUAAAAACAAUGAUAGACUACAGUACUAAAUUUAACCGAGUUGUUGAAGUUGUUCUCAUAAUAAUGGGGAAGCUACUUCCACUCGAUGCAUGGGGUGGAACGGAAAAUAAGAAAGUUAUCCAGGACAGAAUAGUCGACUUUUUACGGCUAGGAGCAAAUGAGAGAUUGCAUUUGGACGAUGUGUUAAGUGGAAUAAAGCUUCUGAAGUUUAAAUGGUUAGGUGUUGGGAAUAAUAUCUCUUCACAGCAAGAUUUUCAGAUCCGCAAGAGGUUAUUAGAAGGAUACAUAAACUGGGUAUUUAUUUCUUUGGUCAAGAAUAUCGUUCGGGCAUUUUGGUAUGUCACUGAACUGUCAAAUAUGGAUCGUCUGAAAUUGUUUUAUUUUACGCAUUCCAUAUGGAAUGAACUAUCACUGAACUGGAUAACAAAAUAUGCUAAGGGAAACCUUGUACAAGUUGUAUCACCAGAGUCCAAAGGACAAUUUACAAAUGGAAAAAUCAAAUUGAUACCCAAGAGAGGAGGGUUUAGAGUUAUUUGUGUGCCUUUGAAACAAUCACUCUACUCUUUUAACAACAAACGGAAUUUUGCUUUGAAACAAAAGGAGAAAUGGGACUAUAUUUUCUAUCAAAAGUAUACUCUCCUGCCAGUUAGACAGGUUCUUCAGUUAAAGUUGAAUGCAUUAAGAAAAUCAGAUAUGGGUCACAGGUCAUCCGUUAAUUCAACAAAUGAAGUGGCAGAUCGGAUUUUAACUUUUAGAAAUGAUCUACUUAAAAAGAAUAAAACCCUUCCUGUGCUUUACAUGAUCAAAUUUGAUAUGAAGGAAUGCUACGAUCGACUCAAUCAAAAUGCUCUCAAAGAAUCAAUUGCUGGUAUUUUCAAAGAGGAUAAUGAGAAUACUACCUAUCAUGUUAGAGAGUAUGGCACUUUGGAUGAAUUUCUUAAAUUGAAACGGGUCAGAACUCUCAUAGAAACCGAGGUGCAAAACUUCAAUAUUAUUAUGAAUUCCAAAGACGAAGCUGAAGCAGGAAGUAGAUCGUAUGGGACCAAAGUGGAUAAGGUGAAAACAUUGAGUAUAUCAAAGAAUAAAAUUAUAGAGGUAUGUCAUAGCCAGAUUGAAGAUGCUACCUGUUUAGUUAAAAAUAAAGAGGGCCAGUAUGAUUUAUUCAAAAGAAAGCAAGGUGUGUUUCAAGGGUUCAGCUUGCUGGGGAUAUUUUGUGAUAUUUUAUAUAGUACAAUGGUUCUGAAAGAGUUCAAGUUUUUAUGGGAAGCAACAGAGGACAACUUGCUCUUACGCCUAGUUGAUGACUUCAUAUUUAUAACGUCCAAUAAAGAUACAUUGAAGAAAGUGAAAGAUAAAAUAUCAAGUAACGAGCUUCAAAAGUAUGGGGCGUUUGUAAACCAUGAAAAAACUGUUGAGAUAAAUGGAGAGGCAGGUUCCUCGAACAAAAUGACGUUUGUGGGUUUAGAUAUAAAUUGCCUUACUUUGGAUGUCAAAAAGGAUUCAAGUCAAUUCAGUAGACCAACUUGCAAGUUUAGGUCAUUCAAAGCGUUGUUUUCUAAUUUAAAACAGUUUUAUUGCUCAAAUCUAAGUGAAUUUUUAUUGGAUUUUUCUUCAAACUCACUCGAAACGAUCAGGGAAAACGUGGAUGCCAUAUUGAAAUUAACAUUCGAAGCAAUACAAACUUCUUUUGCAACUAUUUCUAAACAAGACUCCUUCGAGCGCUACCGGUUUAUGAAGUUUCUUCACGUGAUCAUCGAGACUACCAUUGAGAAAUUUGCAAGAGUAAAUGGUUCAAUGGAAGGAGUAGAAUAUCUAUUGACAUGCAUUAAAAUAACAAUAACAAAAUCACUUGCCUUUAUGGCAACUAAACAAGAGAUAAUAGAAUGGUUAUAUACAUUGACAAUAUAG